CCAAGUACGCCGAAGAGGCGGUUCAGUAGAGCAGACGACGCGUCCUCCACCAUGUCCACCGCUCGUUCGUCCACCACCGAGUCAUCAUCAACGGUUCACAACAGUCCUGCUGUCAAGAAAUACAAGGCUGCACUCUCAACGGAAGUAAAGACGCGUCGAAUGACAAAAACAAGCUCAGCGUCUUGUCCUGGCUCUCCCCGAACACCGACACGCUCAAGGUCCUCCACGCCAUUGCCUCCGGGAAGCCCGCGAACACCUAUGCGUAGCCAGAGCCGCUGCGAGGACAUUGUAAUGGAGAGCGGGAUGGAUGUAAGCCGGAUAGAUCCAGAGCAGGCUCUGGUAGAUGCGGAAAACGUGGAUGUCGAUCUUAGUUUCGAGUUGGACGAACGCGAGUUACGCUCUAUGCAGUAUGGUCGGGAAGAUAAGGUCCAUGUGUCAAUACGAAUUCGCCCUACCGAAGAAACGCAAGCAUGGACUGCCAAGCCUUCGGAGAAUUCGCUGAAACUAUUGCCACAAUACCACAAGUCCCCGGCGACCCCAGCGCCGGAAUAUCACUACGAUGAGGUGCUUGUUGGUUCAGAUAACAAAGCCGUAUACCGCGCGGCUGCGCGAAGUCACGUCGAAGCUGCAAUGAAUGGGUACAAUAGCGUUGUCUUUGCAUACGGCCAGACUGCAAGUGGUAAGACUUAUACACUGACAGGCACCGAUGAGCAGCCUGGUAUCAUUCCACGUGCAAUGAAAGAUGUCUUCGCAUUCAUCCGUCGGACUCCAUCCCGCGAGUAUCUAUUGCGAUGCUCGUAUCUCGAAAUCUAUAAUGAAGCCAUCUUCGAUUUACUUGCUCCGCCUUCAGUACGCUCUGCCGUUCAAAUUCAAGGUAUCGGAGACAACGUCAUUCUUGCUCCGCUUCGUGAAGAAGUCGUUACUAGUCUAAAAGGCGUACACGAAGUCCUUGACCGUGGUUACGGGAACAGACGCACAGCAAGUACAGACUGGAAUGAACGAAGCUCGCGCAGUCAUUCGGUCUUUCGACUGGUAAUCGAGAGCCGAGAGCGUGGGGGCGCAUCUGAAGUUGGAGAUGGACGAGUGACACCCUUCACUCCACACUUACCAGGUGGUGCUCGGUUGCAGAGUAGGGACGGACGCAGCGUACAGAUGAGUGUUCUUAGCCUUAUUGAUUUGGCCGGAUCGGAACGUGCAACAUCUGAUAAAGAUCGGACUCGAGAAGGACGGUACAUCAACACUAGUCUUCUAACCCUUGGUUCUGUUAUCGGCACUCUGGCGGAGAAUGCUGCCAAGGGCAAAAGCGAUCACAUUCCUUUCCGAAAUUCCAAGCUUACAAGGAUGCUUCAGCCCUCCCUCUCAGGUAAUGCGCGUAUCUCGGUCAUUUGUACGAUCAACCCGGUUCCGAGCGCUGUGGCGGAGUCGACGAGUACUCUGCUAUUUGCCCAGCGGGUGAAGCGCGUCCAGCUCCAUGCAAAGAAGAAGGAGGUCGUCGACACAGAUGCGCUACUUGAGCGCUAUAGGAAGGAGAUUGAUGACUUGAAACGGCGAUUAGCAGAACGCGAGGCAGUCGCGCCUACACAAGGCAGACGUCUUAGCGCAAAAGAGCAACUCGAUGAAAGCCGUGCUAUGAACGACCUCAACUCGCGCAUCCAACAGUUGACUAAGCUGAUCCUCACGAGUAAUAGCUUGGACGAAACGAAGGCUGAUCAGUCACGCCCGUCCAGUCCUUCCAAGGUCAACUUCGACCUGGAACCGUAUCAGUUGCAGCAAGAGCUCCUUUCUGCACGUAGAAGAAUCGAGUCACAAGCAACUCAGAUCCUUUCACUCGAAGCAGCCCUUCUUGCAAGACCAGAGCUGUCAGCCGACGCGCCGGAAAACGAGAAGGAUAAGCUUAUUGCGGAACAAACGAAGACAAUUCGCGAGCUCGAAGUUGUCGUGCGAGGCUACGAAGAGAAUCUCGGAGAACCAUUGCGCGCAGUAAAGGAAGACGUUGAAGCCGAAUGGCGAGUGCGGGUUGACGAAGAACGUAAACUUCGCGAGGAAAAAGAAGCUUGGGCAGAGGAACUCAUGCGUUGUCUAGAGAAGGAGAAAUCUAUGCGGCUGAAACUGGAGGAGGAGCGCCACGCACUGAUAUCAUUUGUGUCGCGCUUCGACUCCCUCGGACUUACAAGCUCGCCGAGCAUCCCGUCGCGAAUACGCCAACCUAUGUUCGGGCCUUCAGCAUUCCCUUCACGCAAGAAAACCCCAUUUGCGACUUCUCUCAAUUCCGUGAUUGAGAACAACUCCCUGCAGCAACAAAGCCCAAGUGCAAGCCCUGUCAAACCCGACUUUGCACGUAGUGUUCAAGAUGCACCGAGUUUACUAGGUGCGCAGAACACAGGCUUUUCGGACCUUGCGGACGUGGAUUGUCUCAGUGAUACAAGCUUUGAUCGUGGGCUAUUUAUCAGCGAUGCAGGCGAACUGGAUGCUCGUCUUAAAACUCCCUUCAACAUAGCAAAAGACGUUGAGAAAAAUAGAACGAGUGGCUCGCCGAGGAGUAUUUUCCAGGAUAAAGAGAACAUUUUCCCGUGACUUUUUUUAUUUUAUGAAUUUUUUAUUCCGGUUUUGUUGUUGUUGUGAUUCUAAGCUGCGUCUUGUUUUGAUUUGUUUCGUUCUAGUCCCGUGUGUUUGUGUUGUUCUUCCUAAUUUUGUCGUUCUAAACGCAUUGCAUGCGCGUUUACCUUACUUUCUUUAUUGUCUGUUCUAUUUAACUUAUUGCCCUGUUGUUUGCCACUUAUAUGCAGUUUCUUCUGUACCAAUUCAUGCACAUGCGAUGAUGG